GCCCGCGCGUCCUUGCUCGGCGUCCGGCCCGCCUCGCCCCCGCGCGGGCUCUCCGCUCUGUCUGGCCGCGGCGCUCCGGCCUCGCCGAGUCUGCAGCGGGGCGUCGGGAAGAUGGCGGCGCGGGGAGGCGGCGCGGGGGGCGCGGGCCCGGAAUCCGGACCCCGUGCCGGGGCGGAGGGAGAGGCCGCGGAGCCCGCGCUGCGCCCGGGGGAGGUGGCCACGCUGCACCCUCAGGAGGUGGCCGCGCGGCUGCAGCGGAUGCGACGGGAACUGAGCAACCGGCGGAAAAUCCUGGUGAAAAACCUGCCCCAGGACAGCAGCUCCCAGGAGGUUCAUGAGUUAUUACAGGACUAUGAGCUAAAGUAUUGCUAUGUGGACAGGAAUAAACGUACAGCUUUUGUUACCUUGCUGAACGGGGAGCAAGCGCAGAGCGCGAUCCGGAGGUUCCAUCAGUUCUCCUUUCGAGGCCGAGAGUUGAGCGUGCAGCUGCAGCCCACGGAUGCCCUGCUGUGCAUCACCAACCUGCCCGUCUCCUUCACGUUAGAAGAGUUUGAAGAGCUUGUCCGGGCUUACGGGAACGUCGAGAGGUGCUUUCUGGUUUAUAGUGAAGUGACCGGCCACUCCAAAGGCUACGGGUUUGUGGAAUACAUGAAGAAGGACUUCGCGGCCAAGGCCAGACUGGAGCUGUUGGGCCGGCAGCUGGGCGCGUCGGCGCUGUUUGCACAGUGGAUGGAUGUUAAUCUCUUGGCCUCGGAGCUCAUCCAUUCCAAGUGCCUUUGUAUAGACAAACUCCCCAGUGACUACAGGGAUUCAGAAGAGCUCUUGCAGCUUUUUUCCAGUGUCCAUAAACCUGUGUUCUGCCAGCUUGCACAGGAUGAAGGCGGUCAAGACAGUUGCUUUGCAGUGGUUGAAUAUAGCACUGCGGAGCAUGCCGAAGAGGUUCAGCAGGUGGCAGAUGGCAUCACCAUCAAGGGGAGCCAAGUCCAGCUGUCCUUCUGCGCCCCAGGAGCGUCAGGGCGAAGCACUCUAGCGGCCCUCAUAGCGGCUCAGCGCGUGAUACACAGUAACCAGAAGGGAUUACUGCCAGAGCCAAAUCCAGUACAGAUCAUGAAAAGUUUGAACAACCCCGCCAUGCUACAAGUUCUUCUGCAGCCGCAGCUGUGCGGACGAGCGGUGAAUCCAGUUCUCGGAGUCGCGCCCAGCUUGUCUCAUCUGCUGAGUCCGUCCCUCCCCUCCGCGCUGUUGCACUUCAGUAAAGCACAGCAGAACUCGGCUGUGGGUACCGCCUCGCCCUUACUCCUUCAGAGUCUGUCUCACAUACCCCUGGUACAGCCACAGUUGGUGAAGUUUGACAGUGCCCCCACCAACAACAAGCCUGGCUUGCUGGGAGAGCCUCCCGCCAUGGUGCUGCAGCCUGCCCUGGCAAUAGGGUCAGCGCUCCCACUGAAAACGGACCUGGGACAGCACGGAGAAGCACACAAAACAUCUAAUGUGAUUCCAACUCAAACGACCCUGGCAGCUGGGCUGGGCAUGCUGCCAUUCUUCCCACAGCAGCUCCCCGCUGGGCAAGCCAGGCCGGGGCGUGGGACCCCUCAGGAGAAGCAGUCGGCCCCAGCGAGCAUCGGCGAAGCUACUUUCUCCGGGUUGAAGCAUUAUCUGCAGACCUUCCCAGGCCUUCCCACUGGAGGCCCACUGACAGGUCACCAGAAGACACAGCAAAGCCAGCCGAAAGGCACAGAGGCUGCCUCUAAGAAUCAGACUUCACUCUUGGGAGAACCACCAAAAGAAAUUCGGCUCAGUACAAAUCCGUAUUUGAAUUUGGCAAGUGUGUUACCCAGUGUGUGCCUAUCUGCUGCAGGGAAAGGCCUGCCACAGAAGACUGGAAUUGCAAGCAACCUUCUGGACGCGAUCUCUCAGGGAGGCGAGUCCCAGCCCACACUGGAGAAGUGCAUCGCUUAUUCUCCACCCUUCGAGGAUUAUGCCCAGGUAUCUUCUCUGAGAAAUGAGAAGCGAGGCUCCUCCUAUCUCAUCUCUGCCCCAGAAGCGGGCCCAGUAGAACUCGCUGGCCAGCACCCUCAGGACACAGGAGUGAGCUACACAGAGACCUACUUGAAAAAGAAGCGUGUGUACUGAGCUGGGUGGCUCCUGCCACCUGCGGCGGUGCUCCGGAGGGGCUGCUGCUCAUCGCUGCCUUAACUUCAUUCACACUAGCCAUAUCCUUUCAAUACGGGUUUCUGACUUCCUAAAAGGAACUGUCAUGCAGCAGGCAGAUCAGCCAAAUACCCGACUAGCAAUAAGAAACGUCACUGGCUGAGGGCAUUUCCCACUAGCAUUACAUGUGUCUUAAUCCAUGUGGUAACGACUCCGCUCACCAGAAACUCAGCAUUCCAAUAGUCCUUGUUUCGGGCCUGGGAACAAUUUUGACAUCAUAUAAAGUCUGAAGCAAUAAAUGGGAAACUGUUGUUUCCUUAGCCUUAGGAUGAAUUUAUCAGCCGAUGUGCAUUUACCAUACUCUCCCUAGAAUACCCUCAUCUGUCUGUCCUCAUACUGCAAGGGCGGUACUAGACAGACGCUCUCGUGUUGACGCCAUUAGCGCCACAAGGCCACUCAAUACCAACUCAGUAGCAGAGUGACAGCGACAUCACUUCAGAUGCUUAACCUGUGAGGUGUCAUUUACAAUUUAUACCUUUUGUGGAAACAGUAUUACAGGAAAAGUAACUUCGGUUAAGUAAAUGCAAGGGUUAGCAAAGUACAGACAACGUGGAAUUCUCCACCUCGCUCUGUGCUGCCCGUGAACCAGUGAUGACAUGUCUAAAUGUCUGGGGCUAAGGGAGAACUUCAACACGGAACUGCGAUCUCAUUGUCCCCAAGACUGCAUCUGGAGCACAGUGAAGCUCACUCAUUACACAGUGGGAACAGAGCGCCUCUCCCGUCCUUCCUAAGGUUUGCUGACCUGUCUCCCUAUUCCUUUUAUCUAUGUAAGACGUGGAUGGCAUGGAGGCUAGGUUUCUAUGCCAUUUCACACAUACAGGAGUGAAGGUCUCAGUAGACAGGGCCAUGACCUGGCAGAGCUGUCCACAUUGCCACUUCUGAGGGAGUGUAUGGGACAAUUCUGAGCUAAUAAGCUCUACCUCACUCUGGUUUAUUAGUCAUUCUUUGGUAGUUAGGCUGAGAGACAAUGGAUAUUUAAUCCAAUUUACUUCUGAAAGAAUGUUUGUCUUUAUUAAUGUGACUUUUGAGCUCACCAUUUUCUGAAGAUCUUAGCGUUGAGAGGGACCUUUUUCCAUCUAGAAAUGUCUAUUUGUUCAUCGUAAAGAGACUAUAACCAAUAAAGUUUGGGGUCUCAAUGAUCCUAGUCUGUAGGAUCAGAUCAUUAAAAUACUUUAUUUGGGGGACUUAUCAUUUUUGACUACGAUAUAGAUCUCCAGCAUUAAUUGUAAUGACUAAAACUGCUACAUGUUAUAUGCUUUAUAAUGAAUAUUAGUUGGUCUAAUUUAUUACAUAUACCAGCUUUCAUUGAAAAAUGACAGCUGAAAAUUUAAGACAAUCCUAAGCAUACUACCUAUAAAUGACUGGCCACUAUGAGGCGCACAGCAGGUGACUAAUGGCUUGUCCAGGCCCUGCACUUCCCCUGCCUCUUGCUGUCUUCACGUGAACGGAGCAUGGGAAGGACUGUGACGGCUACAUUGGAGCUGUAAAGCGAGGAGGAAACAGCAGAGGGAAUGUAAAGACGCUUUCCAUUACCUGUGGGUCCUCCAUAGCAGUCUGUGCCCAAUAUUACUCGACAGAAGAGAAGUGCAAAUCAAGUGAUGUCAGUGCAAGGUCCUUACAACCAACCCCAGAAAUCUCGGCUGUUCUUUUUCUAUGUCACCUAAUGUUUUGAAAUGCAAGCUUAGUAUUAAAGGCACACGCAUGUGAAGUCUUCAGUAUGUUUAUUGUAUAAAGAGUAAACAAAGUGCAUACAGAGCAGGCCACAGGUUUGACAUAAACCAGGACUACGGCGAUAUAUAGCAACUAAACAAAUUUAAAUGGCAACUGUUCUGUUGCUACUAAAGUGAUCUUAAGUUCUUUGUGGGAGGGGGCUCAAAAGCUGAAAAUAUCAAACAAGUACUAGACAGCAUUAAUAAGUUUGCCAGACUCUUGGUCAUGAAGAACUUUAUGGUUCACGUUGAAUCAGAAACUGAACAUUGCUGAUUACCUAGAGACCUCCAAGCAAACCGAGACCUGCCUCGUGAAUUCUGAACUCCGGACUGGUGUGCCUCUGGCUGGGUCUUCUCUUUGUAGUUUUGCAGUAUAGGGUGAGGGUCAAAACGGCGACUAGCUUUUGUAGAUGGUGUUGUCUUCUGUUUGACAGCUUGCUCCCAGGCAGUAGUUAUGAAGAGGUAUGCACUGGUAUUCUUAAAGGCAGGUGUGAUAGCGCCCAGGUCAGAGGAGUCUGAUGGAAGCAGGCUGUGCAGGAAAGCAUGGGCACAGGCCCAGUUCUCAAGAAGUCCCAUGCAGAGUGUCUAUGCCAGGCUAUCUCCUGCAGAACCAGUUUGUCCCACAGUGGGUACCAGUGCUCAGCCAACGGAACAGCAGCUGGGCUACUGCAGAGACAGCCUGAGAUUGCAGUCCCACUGGGUAGCAGGAAUAGAUUUUUUUUUUUUAAUAGGAACUAUAGUAUACCAAGUGGUACCUACUCAAUUGGACUAUCACUGUAUAGAUAUUAAGAUUUCAGGGCAAGGGAGAGUUUCAGCCAAGUCCACCAGUUUUUAUCUAAGAUCAAUAUGCCAGCAAAAUAGUGCCAGAAGUCCUGUGCUACGCGACUGGUGCUGCGGUACUUCCAAAAGGAGUGCUUUGCACAUUCUUAGUACUUUGGUUGUUGUUAUUCCUCACGAAAUUUAAGAUGUGGCAACUUUAAAGAGAAACUUUCACACAUUGAGUGACAGUGUGACAUAUGCAUGUAUACAUAACUCAAGUAUUUGUUGAGCAACUUUUUAGGCAGAAUACAAACUUUUUCAUUUAAAAAAAGUUUCUAAAUGGCUUGGGAGAGAAGGACUUGAUAAAUGGGAAUUUAAAUGUUACCCAUGCUUCUUAUUUUAAAAGUGCUUCAAAUCCUUCGAUGAGGUUCUGAAAGGUUGUCCGAUUAGAUGGUUGGAAUUCCCAGCAUUUUCUCAUAAGCUGAUAAACCUAUGAAAAAUAAAAGCAAGAACAAUACAAAUAAUGACAUAUUUGUGAGAUUUAAAAAAAGAGGCUGGAGCGAUGGCUCAGUGGAUAAAGUACUUGUCCCCCAAGUGUAACAGAAGUUCAGCGCCAUGGCACAAAAAUACACAUAGAAAGAGGCCAGGUAGGUGCAGCAGCUGUAGGGCAAACUGGCCGGAUAGCAGGGCUAGCUUCAGGAAGACCCUGCCUUAGUAAACAAAACCAGGGCAACCAAGGAAGACGCAGCACAUCAAUCUCCGGCAUCCACAAGUGCCCACACAUUAAAAAACAUGUAUACUUGUAUGCACACCACAAACACAUGUAAACAUGCACGCAACAGCAUACACAUGAAAACACAACAUUACCAGAGAAUAAGAAAAUAAGUUUGAGAAUGUUAGAAAACUGCCUCUCCAUAAAAUGAAAGAAUGGAGUAUCUGAAUAAUUUAACAGAAAAAAAUGUUCAUAAAUGGUAUUAACAUUUAAUAUGGGUAAUUCAAGCUUUAAAAAUAUUGAAAAGGAAGUUUCAUUCCCACGAAGGGGACACACCUACCUCUUCAGGACAGUUGGGUGGACAGGGCAAGCGCUUUCCUUCUUUCAGAGUAUUCACAAGCCGAGUUACUGUCAUCUGGCCAUGAGUUGGGCCUAUCAUUUUCAGGAACAACUAUGUAAAAUAAAAACCAAACAAAAUUAAGGUGAAGCUUCCAGAACUAACAAAAGCAACAAAGCUUUUCUCCUCCAAUAAAUGAAAAUCUAAAACCCUUAUUUGCUCUCGAGGAUCGGUCUAUAAGCAACAUCUGAGGGAACAACCACAGCUGUCGGUGAAGUGAAAACACAGCCCCUGCCCACUGCUCAGGGCUCAUCACCCUCUUAAGCUGGCCCUCACCCUAAAAAUCUGGGUCAUCAAAGAGAAAUUCUGCACUUGUGAAGGCAAACUUUGCCAGACCUUGCCAAGUAACGAGCCAGGCCAAAUGGAACUUGACUCCAACCCUCUCUGUGUGGCACUCUAACUGGACUCCAUGUAAAAGCAAAACUUGAGAGGAGGGCAGGGGCUUGGGGUGGUUAAUACUUACAGUCAUGGGACUAAAGUCUGAGUCACAGUAGGUGAGCAGCUCGUGCAGGGUCACUCCAAAAGACCAGACAUCAGAGGCGAUGUAAAACUUACACUGGAUUAAACAUUCCGGAGCGUACC